AUGCAGAUGCAGCAGGUUCGCGUACCACGCGCGCCGCAGGUGCCUGUUCCCCCGGUGAGCGCCACGCCGCUCGAACUCUCGAGGGAGACGCGCCAGCAGCUGCGCGUGACUCGGCACCGCGCCUUUGAGCGGCACCAGGAGAACGCGCAGUGGACUCAGCAGCUGCUGGACGGCGUGGAGGGCGCAGUCGACGCGGUUGUGGCUCCCAGCGGCCUCAGUGCAUCGCUUGAGGAGCUGCAAAAGCGGGUUGAGGCACAGAAGAACGCGGCGGAGUCGCUGGAACGGGAGCUGAAGCAGCAGAAGGAGGCGCAGGAGGCGGAACAGCGCAGGUUUGAGGGGAUGCUGGUGGCGCUGAAGGCGGCGGGGGAUGCGGCUGCGGCGAAGCAGUGCGAGGAGAUGCUGGAGGCGGAGAAGACGCGGCUGGUGACCACCAAACCUCGCAAGAUGGAGAUCGUCCGGCUAUAG